AUCUCGUUGUGACUCUCUACUCUUUGCUUGACCUCGUUUCCUUGUCAUCCUCCGGUUGAGAGCCCGAUGCACCACUUGGCUUCUUGAUUACUUGGGCGUUGCUCUUACUCCGCAUCGGCCCUGUCUCCGUUCAAAAUGAGGCUUCCCUUAACACUCCACCUGUCCCUGGCUUUCGGACUCUCGUUAUCUGCAUCUGCUGUUGCAGCGCGGAGCAACUACUCCGAAGCCGAGCUAAUACCUCCGCUCUUCUCCACCUUCAGUGAUCGCCCGGAUGGGUGUCCUCCAUGCUUCAACUGCCAGCUAGAUGCUUUUCAAUGCGCUCAAUUUGCGUCAUGUGAUAAAUUUACAGGCAAAUGUGUCUGUCCGCCCGGCUUCGGAGGCGAUGAUUGCGCACAGCCGCUGUGUGGAUCGUUGGCCGAUGGCCAUCAAAGGUCUCCGCCGAAGGAUGGUCAGUGCGCGUGCAAGGAUGGCUGGGAAGGCCUCAAUUGCAAUGUGUGUCAAACGGACGAUGCCUGUAAUGCCAUGAUGCCGGAAGGGGAAGGCGGCGUCUGCUACAAGCAAGGUGUAACUGUCAAGGAGAAUUUUCAGAUGUGCGAUGUGACGAACCGCAAGAUCCUCGACCAGUUGAAGGAGCGCAAGCCUCAGGUCACCUUCUCAUGCGAGGCAGAAGAUAAUACGUGCAACUUUCAGUUCUGGGUGGGAAAGGUAGAGUCAUUCUACUGUGGGCUGGAUACGUGCACCUGGGGCUUGGAAACUACUCACAACCAGAAUAAGACUCGUUACACCUGCGAAAACAUCCAUUGCGAGUGCAUCCCUGGACGUAUGCUCUGUGGUGAGGAGGGAUCAAUUGACAUUGGUGACUUCCUCAGAGAGUCGAUUGCAGGUCCGGCAUCGUUCUCCAGCGUCUCGACCGUUGGGGGUAGCCCCGACGAUGGGAGCAAGUUUCAGGAGCCGGCGAUGGAUGACUUGAUCAAGGCUGUCUUUGGUGACAAAAGUAUCACGCUGAACUGCAACUCUGGAGAGUGUCUGUAUAGGACAGAUGUCCCCGGUUACACUCGCCCGGUCAAACAAAUCAACACCCCCCUCAUUGCUGGCGUCAUUGCUGGAUGUGCCCUCUUCGUUGUGGCUGUGAUUCUUGCAGUAUGGUACCUGUCCCGCAGAUCUUACGGUCGCAUACAAUUGCCCCUUUCCGACGACUCGGAUGAUGAAGGGGCUAAACUCUUAGCUGAGCACAAGCCGGCAGCCCUGUACUGGGACAAUGUCUCUUACUACCUCAAUGGAAGAGAGAUUCUCAGUAGUAUUCAGGGUGCGUCUCAACCGGGCCAAAUCACCGCUAUUAUGGGUGCUUCCGGCGCAGGAAAGACCACCUUCCUGGACAUUCUCGCACGAAAGAACAAGAGAGGCACAGUCCGUGGCGAUUUCUACAUCAACGGGGAGAAGAUCAGCGACCACGAUUUCAAGUCUAUGAUUGGAUUUGUCGAUCAAGAGGAUACAAUGCUUCCCACUCUGACCGUACAUGAGACUAUUUUGACUAGUGCGUUGCUCCGGCUCCCUCGAGACAUGAGCCGAGCUGCAAAGGAGCAACGAGUAUUCGAGGUGGAGAAGCAGCUUGGGAUCUCUCAUAUCAAAGAUCAGUUGAUCGGAUCUGAGGAAGGUAAAGGCCGAGGUAUUUCUGGCGGUGAAAAACGACGAGUGGGGAUCGCCUGUGAGCUUGUCACCAGCCCCAGCAUACUUUUCUUGGACGAGCCUACCAGUGGACUGGACGCAUUCAAUGCAUUCAACGUGGUAGAGUGUCUGGUUACUUUGGCCAAAACGUACAACCGUACUGUCAUUUUCACCAUUCACCAGCCAAGAUCCAACAUUGUGGCUCUUUUUGAUCGACUGAUCCUCUUGGCCAAGGGAAAGACUGUCUACUCUGGUCCUUUCUCCACAUGUCAGCAAUACUUUGACCAGGCGGGAUACUCCUGCCCUCCGGGCUUCAAUAUCGCCGAUUACCUGGUUGACUUGACAAUGCAUGCCAGCGUUACUCGCUCUUACAGUGACGAGGUCAAUUCUCCUUUGCUGGGUGCGCGUAUGGAUCCUCCGAAAACAGCCUCGAGCAGUCUGAGAGCGGUCAAAUCCGUCGCAAGCGCGUCGAACGUGAGUCUGGAGGAGAAUUCUAGCAGCACCCUGGAAGCGAACCGACGGCCAAAGAGCAAACGACGAGUCUCGCUUAAACAGCGACAAGAUAGGCAACUGUAUUCACGGAAGAAGGACCCUGAGACUCCUUCCACACCAAAGACGGAUGAAGAGGAUGUGCAGUUGGACGAUGUGGCGGAGAACACCCAGCAAUGGCUGCGUCUGUCCCGUCAACCUGCCCUUAUACCGAACCAGACUCCUGAGGAGCCAGACCAGUUACCCCCCGUCGCUCCAGGCCAGACAGAUCUCGAUAUUUUAGUCGCCAAUUACUCCUCAUCGGAUAUUGCUCGUUCUGUACACGACGAGAUUGUGGCCGCCAUUCAAAAUGCUCGGGCGGCCAAUGGGUUCGCCAACCCCGAAGCCCUGUCUGCUCCUUAUGCUGGAGUCUCGAAAGGCUAUGCUCGAGUUGGACUCCUCCGCCAAUUCAUCAUUCUCUCACAGCGCACCUGGCGGAACCUUUACCGGAACCCGAUGUUGAUGCUUACGCAUUACGCGAUCUCCAUCCUGCUUGCCGUUCUUUGUGGAUACCUCUUCUAUGGACUGACUGAUGACAUUAAAGGGUUUCAGAAUCGGCUCGGUCUCUUCUUCUUCAUUCUAGCUCUAUUUGGCUUUAGCACCCUGACUAGUCUCACUGUUUUCUCGUCGGAGCGUCUUCUUUUUGUGCGGGAGAGGGCCAAUGGCUACUACCACCCGAUCACCUAUUUUGCGGCUAAAGUGGUAUUUGACAUUGUGCCUCUCCGUCUUUUGCCACCAAUCAUCAUGGGCAUCAUUGUGUACCCUAUGACCGGCUUAAUUCCAGCCUGGGGCGAGUUCUUCCGAUUUAUUCUUGUGCUGGUGCUCUUCAACCUUGCCGCCGCCAACAUCUGUCUCUUUAUUGGUAUCAUCUUCCGGGAUGGAGGGGUGGCCAACCUAAUCGGAAGUCUCGUCAUGCUGUUCAGCCUCCUUUUCGCAGGCCUCUUGCUCAACCACGAUGCCAUUCCCAAGUCUGCCCUCUGGCUCCAAACGCUAUCUAUUUUCCACUACGGCUUCGAAGCAUUGAUUGUCAAUGAAGUGACGUAUCUAACCUUGAUCGACCACAAAUAUGGUUUGGAUAUAGAGGUCCCAGGCGCCUCUAUUCUGAGUGCUUUCGGUUUCGACACCCUUGCCUUGUGGAAGGAUGUUAUUGGGCUGGCCGUCAUUUCCGGCGCUUUUAUCGUGAUUGCAUAUGGUGCGAUGCAUAUUCUCCUUGUCGAGAAGCGCUGAUGGCAACAUAUAUCCUGCAGCAAGUACCCUAGGUGCGACCAUGCUUUGGUCGCCUCUAACGUGGGCGCUUUGCUUCUGGGAGUUCUCUUAACCUUAUGUACUUUGUGUGACGGAACAUGCUGAUGAGACUUUUUUUAACGCAACAUUUGUAUUUCCCGCUUUCCCUUCUUCUGAUUCACUUUUGAGAUUACGAUUUCAAGUAUUUAUGACCAGUGUAUUGUAUAUAGAUGGA